AGCAAUUCGUUCUAGGUCUCUUUCCGAUCAUCAAGAUGCAGAUCUUCGUUAAGACUCUCACUGGCAAGACCAUCACCCUUGAGGUUGAAAGCUCUGACACCAUCGACAAUGUCAAAGCCAAAAUCCAAGAUAAGGAAGGCAUUCCCCCAGACCAGCAAAGACUGAUUUUUGCUGGAAAGCAGCUCGAGGAUGGACGCACCCUUGCUGACUACAAUAUUCAAAAGGAAUCGACUCUACACCUGGUGCUCAGACUCCGCGGUGGCAUGCAAAUCUUUGUGAAGACUCUCACUGGGAAAACCAUAACCUUGGAGGUUGAGAGUUCUGACACCAUUGACAACGUGAAGGCAAAGAUUCAGGAUAAAGAGGGUAUCCCACCAGACCAGCAGAGACUCAUCUUUGCUGGGAAGCAGCUUGAGGAUGGCCGCACCCUGGCUGAUUACAACAUUCAAAAGGAGUCCACCCUUCAUUUAGUGCUUCGUCUACGUGGUGGCAUGCAAAUCUUUGUCAAGACCCUCACCGGAAAGACAAUCACCUUGGAGGUUGAAAGUUCAGAUACAAUUGAUAAUGUCAAGGCAAAGAUUCAGGACAAAGAGGGCAUUCCUCCAGACCAGCAGAGGCUCAUUUUUGCAGGGAAACAGCUAGAGGAUGGUCGCACUCUUGCGGACUACAAUAUUCAGAAGGAAUCAACUCUUCACUUGGUGUUGCGUCUCCGUGGUGGCAUGCAAAUCUUUGUCAAGACCCUUACCGGCAAAACCAUCACUUUGGAAGUGGAAAGCUCUGACACCAUAGAUAAUGUGAAAGCUAAAAUUCAGGAUAAGGAGGGUAUUCCUCCAGACCAGCAGAGGUUGAUUUUUGCAGGUAAGCAGCUUGAGGAUGGAAGGACACUUGCAGACUAUAAUAUUCAAAAGGAGUCCACUCUGCACUUGGUGCUUCGUCUGCGCGGUGGUAUGCAGAUCUUUGUCAAAACUCUGACAGGGAAGACCAUAACAUUGGAGGUAGAGAGUUCAGAUACGAUUGACAAUGUGAAAGCCAAGAUUCAGGAUAAGGAGGGCAUCCCCCCAGACCAGCAGAGGCUCAUAUUCGCUGGAAAGCAGCUUGAGGAUGGGAGGACUCUUGCAGAUUACAACAUUCAGAAGGAGUCCACCCUUCACCUUGUCCUUCGCCUCCGUGGUGGUAUGCAGAUCUUUGUGAAAACCCUCACAGGCAAGACUAUCACCCUCGAGGUUGAAAGCUCUGACACUAUUGACAAUGUCAAGGCAAAGAUCCAAGACAAGGAGGGAAUCCCCCCAGACCAGCAAAGGCUGAUCUUUGCUGGCAAGCAGCUCGAGGACGGCCGAACACUUGCUGACUACAACAUUCAAAAAGAGUCCACCCUCCACCUGGUGCUUAGACUCCGUGGUGGCAUGCAGAUCUUUGUCAAGACUCUCACAGGGAAGACCAUCACAUUGGAGGUUGAGAGCUCUGACACAAUCGAUAAUGUCAAGGCAAAGAUUCAGGACAAGGAGGGCAUCCCCCCAGAUCAGCAGAGGCUCAUCUUUGCCGGCAAACAGCUAGAGGAUGGCCGUACGCUCGCAGAUUACAAUAUCCAAAAAGAGUCCACCCUCCACCUGGUGCUCCGUCUUCGUGGUGGAAUGCAAAUCUUUGUGAAGACCCUUACUGGGAAGACAAUCACAUUGGAGGUGGAAAGCUCUGAUACAAUUGACAAUGUUAAAGCAAAGAUCCAGGACAAGGAGGGUAUUCCCCCAGAUCAGCAGAGGCUCAUCUUUGCAGGUAAACAGUUGGAGGACGGAAGAACUCUUGCAGACUACAACAUUCAAAAGGAAUCAACAUUGCACUUGGUUCUCCGUCUGCGUGGUGGAAUGCAAAUCUUUGUGAAGACUUUGACAGGGAAAACUAUUACUUUGGAAGUGGAAAGCUCAGACACAAUUGAUAAUGUCAAGGCAAAGAUUCAGGACAAAGAAGGCAUUCCCCCAGACCAGCAGAGGCUCAUCUUUGCAGGAAAGCAGCUUGAGGAUGGUAGGACACUGGCAGAUUACAACAUACAGAAGGAGUCAACUCUGCAUUUGGUGCUCCGUCUACGUGGUGGGAUGCAGAUCUUUGUGAAGACCCUCACUGGAAAGACCAUAACCUUGGAGGUAGAGAGUUCUGAUACAAUUGAUAAUGUGAAAGCAAAGAUUCAGGACAAGGAGGGCAUUCCUCCGGACCAGCAGAGGCUCAUAUUUGCUGGUAAGCAGCUUGAAGAUGGCCGGACUCUAGCAGAUUACAAUAUUCAAAAGGAGUCAACCCUUCACCUCGUCCUUCGCCUCCGUGGUGGUUUCUGAAUUUCUGAGUGAUCCUGAUGGUGCCAUCUUGUCAUUGUAGUGAGCAGUCUACUGCUUUGGUUUUAGUUUUAUUUGGUUAUUUGAUAUCCUUACUAUUUAGUUUUAUUUGGUUAUGUACUCUUGGAUGGUUCAUCUUAUGACUUUUCGUUUAGAUAAAUAAAAUAAAAGGCAAAGACGUUUUGU